UACAUGGCCGAUAUUUCAUUUCAUUCAUUUAUAGCUUCCUUUUCUGGCUUAUAAAUGAUUAUCUAUAUACGGGUGGUCGUCGUUCAAGAUUUCUGUAUAAAUUGUUAAAUGAAGGUGCUAUAAGCGUUUAUUUUAUGAAAAAACUGUAGGUUAUAAAUUGUUAAAUAAUGAUCUUACUCGAGAUCAAUAAUAGAAUUAUAGAAGAAACGCUAACAGUAAAAUACAAAAAUGCACUGGCGCGUUUAAAGCCAGAAUCCAUAGAUGUGACGGUUGCAGAUUUUGAUGGAGUCCUCUUUCAUAUAUCCAAUGUUAAUGGAGACAAAACCAAAGUUAGGGUUAGUAUAUCACUGAAGUUCUACAAACAAUUAGAGGAGCAUGGCGCGGAUGAACUUCUCAAAAGAGUUUACGGACCUCUCCUCACUGAGCCGGAGUCAGGUUACAACGUGUCCGUCCUACUGGACCUGGAGAUGAUCCCCGAGGACUGGGAGGAGACGGUCCGGAAGGUGGGGCUGCUGAAGCGCAACUGUUUCGCGUCCGUGUUCGAGCGCUACUUCCGCCUCCAGGAAGACGGGGACGUCGCGCAGAAGCGCGCGGUCAUCAACUACCGACAGGAUGAGACGCUAUACGUGGAAGCGCAAGAGGACCGCGUGACGGUGGUGUUCUCGACGGUGUUCCGCCACGAGGACGACGUGGUGAUCGGCAAGGUGUUCAUGCAGGAGCUCAAGGAGGGCCGCCGGGCCAGCCACACGGCGCCGCAGGUUUUAUUUUCACAUAAGGAACCACCGCUAGAACUCAUGGACACUGAAGCGAAAGUAGGAGAAAAUAUCAGUUAUGUUACAUUCGUGCUGUUCCCGCGGCACACUUGCUCGGAGGCGCGCGACAACACGAUCGACCUGCUGCACAUGUUCCGCGACUACCUGCACUACCACAUCAAGUGCAGCAAGGUGUACGUGCACUCGCGCAUGCGCGCCAAGGCCGGCGACCUGCUCAAGGUGCUCAACCGCGCGCGCCCGCAGCAGCGCCAGGAGAGGAAGACCAUCACGGGGAGAACGUUCGUCCGGCGGGACUGAGUGCCGGCGCGGCCACCACUAGCCUUAUUUAUUACGAGAGCGGCCCCGCGUCCGCGCCGCUCCGGCAA